AUGCCAGACCAAAUCCUCCUGUCCGUCGACCCACUUGGGCGCUCUUACACGAAGUCCUUUUCUGCUGCACAUGAUCCCGCACAACUCUUGCCUCUAGUUGACCUCAUCUCUAAAUCAGUUGCUUUAUUAGUCGAAGAAUACAGGAGCGUGAACCAAUCUGUUCCUUCCCUAGACUCCACUAGUCCGAGCCCCUUCGAUGCUCCAGAAUCGAACACUCCGGCCAUGAGCAGGGCAGUCCAAAUCAUCGAGGCCGCUUGUGCCCAGCUGUGCUUCACCGUCGCCAGCCCCGGUCACGUCAUGAUAAAUAAAGCAUACGCCUUUGAGGAGGCGGCCUGCCUCCAAGUAGUCACUGAGGGCAGAAUCGCCGAUCACCUAGUCGAUGUCCCGCAUGGGCUUUCUGUCGAGGCACUUGCUUCCAAGUCUGGACUGAACGCCGGCAAACUCGGCCGUAUUCUCCGAAUGCUUGCAACCAAACAUUGUUUCAUCGAAGUAUCCCCGAAUGUCUUUGCAAACAACCGGUUAAGCAUUAAGCUACUUUCUACGGACCCCGUCUCGAGCUUCGUUGGUCAUCUGACGGGAGAGGGUAUGAAAGGAGCAUCCUUCCUAAAUGACGCGCUAAUGGAUCAGGUUUCGGGCUCUUCAAUGUCUCCUGCCGAUGCACCAUUUCGCCAUGCUUACGGGGCACCGAUAUUCGACUAUUAUUCUCAGGCUCCUCGUCGCAUUGCGGAGCGUUUCAAUAAGGCUAUGGUUGGGUUCGGCUUGGUGACAGGAACCGGAAUGCUCCCCCAAGCCUUCCCAUGGAACAUUUUGCCUAAGGGCACCACAGUCUGCGAUGUAGGCGGUGGGAAUGGCCAUGCAACCCUCGGUCUCGCGAAAUCUUUUCCGCACUUGCGCAUCAUAGUUCAAGACCUUGAGCAUGUAGUCGUGAACGGCAAACCGCUUUGGGAGAAAGCUUGCCCAGAGGCCGUGAACAGCAAACACGUGGACUUUGUUCCGCUUGACUUCUUCAAGGGCGUCCCAGUAUCCGGAUGCGACUUUUACUAUCUCCGCCAUGUCUUGCACGACUGGCCUCAGGCCGAAUCCUUGAAGAUCAUGUCGAACAUCCGCUCGGCCAUGAAGGAGUCAAGCAGACUCCUUAUUCAUGAAUUUGUUCUCCAACAUGCGGUUCGCGACAUGAAGUGUGGCCCCGGAUUCUCGCAGGCGCCCGAACCCCUUCUCCCUAACUUCGGGAUGGGACGUGUGCGCUUGUAUGAGCAAGAUAUUAACAUGAUGUGUUGUGUCAAUAGCAUGGAGCGUACACUGGAUGAGUUCGUUGAACUCGGGAAUUACACAGGCUAUCGGUUUGUGAAGAUUUGGGAUGCUGGAGAAGCGAGCCUCGUUGAAUUUGCAAUCGCUUAAGUGCCUGUGAGCUGCUGUGGUGUAAGUGAUGUUCGUUCUGGAUCGCUUGUCGAGAUCACCUCUUGAGAGCAUCGGUCUCAGCGUGUCUAGGCCUUUGCUUCGUACAUGUGGGCUUGCGCAGGAUGACAGG